GAUUAUUAAAUCUUUUUUCACUUAACCAAUCUUUUUAUAUCUUUACUUUUUACUCACUGUCAAUAUUCCUGAUAAAGAGUCAAGUAAAGUUUAAAGUCGCAAUUAAUUGAAUUUUGUUGAUUGUUAUAUAAUUUAUCAUUUAGUCCAGCUCUCUUAGUGUCUAACCAUUCCUCAAGUUUAUUGCUCAAAGUUAUUAGGCUUAUAAACCAUGAUUAAGCUGUUCUCAUUGAAAAACCAGAAAAAAGAUGGUGAUGGCUCUAAUAAAUCGGAAUCUAGUCAGAAAAGAGCUUCAGCAGCUCAAUUAAGGAUUACAAAAGAUAUCAAUGAACUAACUCUACCUAAAACAUGUAAUAUUGAGUUCCCAGACCCGGAUGAUUUACUUAACUUUCAACUAGUUAUUAUGCCAGAUGAGGGCUUCUACAAGGGUGGUAGAUUUAUAUUUAGUUUCAAAGUUAGCCCUAAUUAUCCUCACGAUCCACCGAAAGUAAAAUGCAAGACAAAGGUAUUCCACCCAAAUAUCGAUCUCGAAGGAAAUGUUUGUCUAAAUAUUCUUCGUGAAGACUGGAAACCCGUUCUUACCAUAAAUUCGAUUGUUUAUGGUUUACAAUAUCUCUUUUUGGAACCCAAUCCUGAAGAUCCACUGAAUAAAGAAGCUGCAGAUAUGCUUCAAAAUAACCGACGAAUGUUUGAGCAACAUGUGAGAAAAGCAAUGCAAGGUGGUUCUAUCGGAAACACAUCGUUCGAGAGAUGUCUAAAGUGCUAAUGCUCAGCAACAUCUAACGAAAUGAAAGUUGUUAUGUCUUACUGUAACUGAUGAAUAACCUACAGCAACAUUAAUACCACACUUUUAUCAUUUCUA